GAUGAUCAUUUUCUGGGACUGUUUCAUUUUAUUGCUCACUGUUAUCGUUUACUUAAUUCCACUGCUAUUACUACUAUUAAUGGCUCAGAAGAUGCACAAUUUGUACCAGAGUACGACUAAAGUUGAAUGCAUCUUAAAUCUUUCCUUGCAGCAAUAUUUACAACCGGAAAAUACCAAUUUAAAUCCGGCGCGCGUCAAGCUCCGAUAACGGCGAUAAGUUGUCCAAUGGGACACAUCAACAAAUUUCCCCCAUCACUAACGCAGAGCCCUGGACCUGUUAUAUUUUGGUUACUUGUUUUAGUUGAAAUUUUCAAAAUUUUCCGCAAUAUGGACGAGUCGGAAUUGCUUUUUAAUUUAUUUUAUUUCUUACUGUGUAUGUGUGUGCUAUAUCCGCCCGAGGAGUUCCAACGCUUGGGCUUCACAAUCGAACAGUUGUUCUCUCGCUUUCUGGGCGAAGAAUACCUAGACUUUGUUGGCUAUCAUCUGCGGCGGACAUCGCUGAAUCUCUUUGUACACAGCUGCCUGCCGGCCACAUAUUUUCUAAUACAUCGACUCAAAUUCUCAGUGUUUGCUACAGAAGCGCCAUUGGAGAACAAUGAGCUUGACCCAGAUUUCCCAAUGCCACAGGAAGCGGUGGCCUUUAAAUCGUUGACCUGGAAGAUGGCACAGCGCUUCAGCGUGCUGGCUGUAUUAGCCGUGCCAGCGUUAAUAUUCAACUGGCAUCAAAACAACUGGCGCCGGCAUCCCAUAAACAAAACACUCGCCAAGUACGCAAAUGCGCCAGGCAGCUACAGCGCUGUAGCCAGAGACAUUGGCACUGAGUUUCGUCGCCAGGACGUUUACAAACGCAAGCUAAACUCAAUAAGCACAGUGAUUACAACAGAAAACUGGAUUAUCAAGACGACCAUGUACAAUGUGAACUUUGCACUUCAAAGCAAUACAUCGCUUUGUGUCUCCAAGGCGGAAACAUACAAUAUUUCGCAGCACGACCAGAACGAUACUUUGCAAAUGAUCAGCAUUAUAGUGCGACCAACGCGUGAGGGUGUCUCCGACUUUCAUAUACGCAUUAAUGCACUGGAAUUUCGUAGUCUGGAAGAUCGCGUUAGGCGUCCUAUAACCAUACCAUCGAAUAUACAAUUUCAUCGCAGUGUAAUAGAUCGCUUUGUGGAUGUAUUCAAGACACAGGUGGCGCUCAAUCCCAUAUUCACCGCAGAGCCCAUCACAGAAAAGUGCUACGCGUGCAUGCUGGCUGAGCCCAAUAUUAAAAUAAACAAACAAUGUACCGAUAUGGACCGUGCGGGCGUUCCACUGACUGAUGAGGCAUGCUGCUCCAAUUGCUACUGUCGUCCCAUGUGGUGUGUGGAAUGCUUGGCGCGAUGGUUUGCUGCCAGACAAAGUGAUGUCGAUCGCGAGGUAUGGCUAGAGCAGAAGUGCACCUGUCCCAUGUGCCGUGCCAAGUUCUGUGUGCUGGAUGUUAGCUAUAUUAGAGCACCUGAACAGGAAGACUCGUGAUGGGAAUAAAAUCAUCUAUUUAAUUCAAGUCUUAUGCUUUAUUUGGUAAGAUUUAAGCAUGUGAAUUUAUACUAAUGUUAUGUUAAGAUAUA